AUGACAGAUUCCAACACAACCAACUUCACCAACCCCUCCACCUUCAUCCUGCUGGGCAUUUCUGGCCUGGAGGCAGCCCUUGUCUGGAUCUCCAUCCCCUUCUGUGCCAUGUACGCCAUAACCAUCUUGGGGAACUUCACUAUCCUGUUCAUUGUGAAGAGGGAGCCGAGUCUCCAUAGGCCCAUGUUCUAUUUCCUCUGCAUGCUGGCCGUCACCGACCUGGUCCUGUCCACGUCCAUUGCACCCAAGACAUUGAGUAACUUCUGGUUCAAUUCCAGGGAGAUCAAUUUCAGUGCCUGCCUCACCCAGAUGUACUUCAUUCACUGCUUUGCAGUGAUGGAGUCUGGGAUAUUCGUGGCCAUGGCUUUUGAUCGCUACGUGGCCAUCUGCCAUCCCCUGAGACAUUUCACCAUCCUGACAAACCCUGUGGUGGCCAAGAUGGGCCUGGCCAUAGUGCUGCGUGGCAGCAUGCUCAUACUGCCCUAUCCCUUCCUGGCGAGGCGGCGGCCAUAUUGCAGAACCAACAUUAUCCCCCACACGCACUGUGAGCACAUGGCCGUGGUGAAACUGGCCUGUGCUGACAUCCGCGUGAGCAAUUACUAUGGCCUCUUUAUGGCAUUUUAUGUGCUUGGUCUGGAGGUGUUUUUUAUUGCUGUGUCCUAUAUCCAGAUCCUCAGGGCCGUCUUCAGACUCCCCACAAAGGACUCCCGGGUCAAGACUUUUGGGACCUGUGGCUCCCACGUCUGUGCCAUCUUAACCUUUUACCUCUCAGCUCUCUUCUCCUCUCUCACAUACCGGUUUGGGCAGAAUGUGGCCCUGUAUUUCCAUGUUCUCAUGGCCAACGUGUACCUCCUGGUGCCCCCCAUGCUAAACCCCAUCAUCUACGGGGUGAGGACCAAACAGAUCCGGGACAGGCUGCUCCGGCUCUUCACUCAUAAAGGGACCUAA